AGUAGCUUCCCAAGUCCCAGAAAUGUGAAUUGCCGUUUUUGCUACGCCCAAAAACCAAACUUGAAACAUAUUCACUCCACUGACCCAGGGCCAGUACAGCUGAUGCUACGAUCAGGUCCUGCAAAAGCUGGCAGAGGUCUGAUCAGCACACAGAUUAGAAUUAAAUAAGGCCAGCACCUCAACAUCACAACUACAAAUCCAUUUCAUCAGUCAAUGAGGUGGAACACAGAACAUUACACAGAAAGAAUGGUCCAUCCUGUCAACUGGAUGUGGAUAAAACUUGAGGGUCGAGCUGGAUGAAUGGCCGAAAUUCCCAAGAUCACUACAACUCCAUAUGGCCAGACGUGGUCCUCUGGUCUACCUCUCUCAGGAUCGUAAUCAUGGCCAAGCUCAGCGUUCAGUGGGAGGAGGAAAUGGCAGCAGUAGUUUAGAGGAAGUAGGAGAAGUUGGCUGCAGCAUGCAUUAAUCUACCCUGUGGAAAUGGACGGCAGAGGCUUUACUAGAAAACCCAUCCAACACUUUCUGAAGGCUCUUGGAAUCACUGGGUCCAAGCAGAAGGAGGCUCUGAGACAGCUAACUGAGGAGGCAGAACAAGAGAAACAUCAAUCUAAACCGCUCCAGAAGGUGGUGACCAGGACAUCACUUAUGGAGAAGCUUUUGGAAACACUGAAGGAUUUAAGUUAUGGGGAGCUCGAGCAAUUCAAACAUGUCCUACAGCACACUAGAAUGAAGAAAGGCCUCCCAAAAAUCUCAAGUCAGAGAAUGGAGAUGGCAGACAGAGAUGAAAUAGUGAAGCUGAUGGUGGAGAUCUAUGGCAAGCAGUCUGUGGAGGUGACCAGGGAGGUUUUAAUGGAGAUGAACAUGACUGAUAUGGCAGAGAGGUUGUCAGAAAUCAGCUCAGGAUCCAAAGGUUACCACAGCGCAUGUAAACACAUUGAAUAUAGCAUGACCACAACAUCAACACCCAUUACUGUACACUNGCUUGAGGGUUGUGGAAGCGUUAUGCAGGACUCCAGUGACUGGACUAAAGUUGAACCUGAAGUGAACAGUACAGAUGCAAACAAGGCUUCAACUUACAGCCUACAGUCUGGAGCAGGAAACUUUGAAUGCAGUGUCUCUGGUAUGCGCUGGGUCUGUAAGGAAAAGGUCAGCUUUAAGUACCAGUUUUACUCUUGGGAAGGACCUAUGGAAAGGAUAGAAAGCAUGAAGUACAUGCCUGCAGGUCCCCUGAUGGACAUCACAGUCACUGCUGGGAAGUUAGAUGUAGUGUACCUGCCACACUGGAUUGCCAUAGAUGACAAUCCUACAAUAUUAGACAAGUUUGCAGUCCUACACAUAGAUGACUGUGGAGAUGUCGUGGAAAAAGUGUCUGAGGUCACAUCGUCCCAUGUCAAGCUGUCUGAACCAGUUUUCUCUCCAAGAGCAGUCCUGAUGAAAGUCGGUGUACCUGUGAAAGUACACUGUAAUGUGUUGAUAUACAAGACCAACAAAGCAUUCCUCACUCUCCAUGUUUAUCUAAUCCCAUGUGAUCCGGGUCUACAAGAGAGUGUGGACAAGAGGGAAAAACAAAACGAAAUGAUCUCAAAGCCACAUCCAGAGAGGUCCCUGAAAAUGCAAGAUCGUUUCAUCCUAACAGCAGAUUUGAACAGUGCAGACAUUCAUCCUGAAACACUAAAGCUCAGAUAUAAAAGCAGAAACCCAAAUUUCUUUGAAGUGUUCAUCGAAAAUCCAGACAAAGUCUUCAAGCUCCAGCUUGAACAAGAAAAUGAUCAUCAACCAGUGUGGACCUGUGCAAUUAGAAAAGAUGACUACCAAAGCAGCACUGGUCCUUUACCAGGGGAGCACUUUGUGGAUAAACACCAGUGUGCUCUGAUUGAGAGAGUGAGCAAUAUAAAACCAAUCUUGGAUAAUCUCCUGAGUGAAAAGGUAAUCCAACAAGAAGAUUAUGAUACAAUCAGUGCCAUCACAACCACUCAGGAGAAGAUGAGGAAACUCUAUAGCGGUGCCCUGAAAGCUGCAGGACAUGACGGCAAAGACGUCUUCUACAAAGUCCUUGAGGAGAAGGAGACGUAUCUUGUUGCUGAUCUCAAGAGGAAGGAGUCAUAAAUACUGUGAUCAGGGUAAAUUUGCUCUUGUGACCAAACACACUGGCUAACUGAGCAAAACAGAACAAAACCAUUUUAUAGCCUGCAUUUGUAAAAAUAUUCAUCCUGGUGCCAUAUCCAUCUAAUCCUUUCUUUUUUUUUUUCUUUAGCAUGUUUUUUUUUCAUUCUUUGAUAAUAUAAAAUGAAUCCAAUAUGGUUGUUCAAAUACUGUAUAUUAUGUUGGAAAAAGACAUAUAUUUUUGAUAUUUUAAUAUAAUUUUAUGUAUAUUUUUUAAAUGUAAAUGUCCACUCAGGUUUUAACUCUGCACUCAUCUACGCCACUAUGGUCUGCACACAGAACACAAACAGUUAUACAGUGUUACAUUCCUGCCGUCAGACUGUGGAGCUGACCCUUUUAUUUCUCUUAUUUUGAUUCUACACAAAUAUAAUAGCUUGUUUACAAUCAUGACUCACGUUGGAUGUGAUCCAUACAAAAUUAAGAAAAGUGAUUUUCUAACAAUUUGACCGAUUUGCCCGGCGUGGACACAGUCAUCAUUACAAAUUACCUCGUCUGUCAGACCUCUUAAUGUUGCUCAUGUUACUCUGUGAGCCGAUGAAAGCAUCCAAGUGUUGGUAGACUUUGCCUCCAGCUGCUCUCCAUCUGGACAGAGCACCAAUGUAUUAUGACAUAUGCAAAGACACUAUCAUGGCUGUGCACUUUCUAAAAACAUGUUUACAUAUUGUCUAUUUGUCUGGCAUUUGUUGCUUUUCAAUAAAUAAGUUGUCUUGAUAUGACUUAA